AUGCUUCGUCUCGGACGCGCCCGUGCCCUCCGCUGCGCCUCCAUUGCCUUCUCCACCUCCUCCUCCAUCGAAUCCAGACCUUCACACCUCAGCUCAGACCCUAACAUCGACCUCGCCCACGCCAUCGCUAACCUCGUCAACGCCCACCACGCCGGCCAUUGGCCCCCGUCCCUCGACGCUGCCCUCUCCGCCCUCGCCCGCUCCCAUGCCUCCGACCUCACCCCCUCCGCCCUCCUCCGCUCCCUCUCCCUCCUCCGCCGCCCCUCCGCCGCCGGUCCCCUCCUCCUCUGGUCCCGCCACCACCUUCCCCUCGACCCCCGCGCCGCCGCCAAGGCCCUCCACCUCCUCCUCCGCUCCCGCGCUCUCCGCCCCGCCCUCGACCUCCUCCUAUUCCUCCCCCCAUCCUCCUUCCCUGAUCACUCCUUCAACGCCCUCGUCCGCCGCCUCGCCGCCGCCGGCCAUCUCCGCUCCGCCGUCCGGCUCUUCCGCCUUAUCCCCUUCCCCUCUGUCUUCUCUUACAAUUCCCUCCUCGCUCCCCUCCUCCGCCGUGGCCGCACCCGCGCCGCCUCUGCCCUCUUUGACGAGAUGCUCGCCACCGCAGUCCGGCCCGAUGUCUGCACCUUCAACACCCUCAUCCGAGGCUUCUGUCUCAAUUCCAUGGUCGACGAGGCCUUCCGCCUCUUCAAUGAGAUGCCGCGGCACGGCUGCGCCCCAGACGUCGUCACCUACAACACACUUGUCGACGGCCUUUGCCGCGCAGGCAAGGUCCGCAUCGCCCACAAUCUCCUUAACGGAAUGCGGACAAAAAGCUCCGAUCUUGCACCGAAUGUUGUUUCCUACACCACUCUGAUCCGCGGCUACUGCAGCAAACUCCUCCCGGAUGAGGCCGUGGAGCUCUUCCACCAGAUGGUGGCGCUCGGCCUCAAACCUAAUAAGAUCACAUACAAUACCCUCAUCCAAGGGCUUUGCGAAGCACGGAGGAUGGAUUUGGUCAAGGGGAUCAUGGAACCAGGAGAUGAUGGUGGCAAAGAGUUGACUUUUAGGCCGGAUACUUGCACGUUUAACACCCUGAUAGCUGCGCAUUGCAACCUGGGCAGCAUCAGCGAUGCACUUAACGUGUUUGAAAGAAUGGCGGAGAUGAGAGUGAAACGUGAUUCUGCAACUUACAGUACCAUGAUAAAGGGCCUGUGUGAAAAAGGCGAGUUUGUACGAGCUGAGGAGCUCGUUGAUGAGCUGUUGGAGAACGAGGUGUUCAGGAAGCGAGGCAUUCCCCUGCUGGCAGCUUAUAACCCAAUAUUCGACUACUUGUGUCAGAAUGGGAAGACAGAGAAGGCAAGGAUGUUGCUUCAACAGUUGUUGGAUAAGCAAGCCAAAGUAGAUGUGGCAGCAUUUAAGACGGUGAUCUUGGGACACUGCAAGGAGGAGCGAUUGAGAGAAGGGUAUGAGCUGCUGGUGUCGAUGGGUAAAAGAGACCUUGUGCCAGAUGCUGCAACUUUUCAAACACUGAUCGAGGGAUUCAUGCAGCAGGAGAAGAUAGGCUUUGCUUGGGAGGCUUUUAGGAAAAUGUUGAACACUUGGCAUCGGCCUAGCACAGGUACAUUCCAUUCAGUACUCGCGGGAUUGGCAAAGAAAAGUCGGUAUGCUAAAGAAGCUGGUGAAUUGGUCACCUUGAUGGUGGAAAGGAAGAUUCGCCCUAAUAUCGAUCUUUCGACGAAUGUUGUCAGCAGUUUGUUUGGAGAUAACCUAAAUGACACAGCUCUCAAGAUUGUUGGAUUGCUUUACCAUAAUGGUUAUCGCGUGAAGAUGGAGGAGUUGAUUCCAUCUCUGUGUGCGAACCAGAAAUUCCUGGAGGCUAAAGAGAUGUUGCUUUUUAGUUUGGAUAAGUGUGAGAAUGUUAAUGAUGAUGUUUAUGGUUUGGUGAUUGGUGGGCUUUGUUUAAGUGGAAGGGCUUCGGAGGCAUUUAGGGUGUUGUAUGAAAUGAAUGAAAGAGCCAGUGCACAUGUUUCUUCAAGUUGUUUAUAUGCUCUAAAACUUACACUUGAAGAAAGGGGAAGAUGGAAAGAAGCAGAGUUUGUUUCCAGGCAAAUGAAUCGUGCGAACAAAAGAAUCGGAAGUUGAUCUGACUAAUGUGAAUUAGAUUGAGUUCCCAGUAGUGCUUGGGGGUUCUGCAACUGCAACAGCUUGGACUAGAAUUACGUACUGGGAUCUGUCCGGUAUCUCCUCCUUUCUGAUGAGCGAGCUUGUUAUUCUUUCGUAGCUCUGAUACCACUCGAACUGAAGGCAGUACCCUCGAUGCACUCCCAAAUCAAUGCAAUGCAAUGCACUCUCGAGUAUUCUGGCACUAAAUGCAUGAGACGCAGGUAUGAGCGAGCUUGUUAUUCUUUCGUAGCUCUGAUACCACUCGGACUGAAGGCAGUACCCUCGAUGCACUCCCGAAUCAAUGCAAUGCGAUGCACUCUCAAGUAUUCUGGCACUAAAUGCAUGAGACGCAGGUAUGAGCGAGCUUGUUAUUCUUUCGUAGCUCUGAUACCACUCGGACUGAAGGCAGUACCCUCAAUCCACUCCCGAAUCAAUGCAAUGCGAUGCACUCUCGAGUAUUCUGGCACUAAAUGCAUGAGACGCAGGUAUGAGCGAGCUUGUUAUUCUUUCGUAGCUCUGAUACCACUCGGACUGAAGGCAGUACCCUCGAUGCACUCCAGAAUCAAUGCAAUGCAAUGCAAUGUGAUGCGAUGCAAUGCACUCUUGAGUAUUCUGGCACUAAAUGCAUGAGACGCAGGUAUGGAGACAAAUUAGCAUGAGAAAUUAAGGUUCUCUAUUUCUUGUAACUACCUCAACUAGAUCGUCACUUGUGUCUUUCCUUGUUUACAUCCUCCUCGUAAUUUCGAUACCUCAAGAACUCAAUUUAUCCACAAAAUCUAGCAAUUUCAUUAAUCAUUUGCAAUGAGAAUUGUCAGUGAUUGAUUCAAAAUGUA